AUGUAUCUCCUAUUCCUGUUAGGAGCCAUCUCGCUCCUGAUCGCCAGUAUCGCCGCCGAGUCUUCCGAGGUUUUCUACUGGCCUAUCGGAUCUCCGCAACCCUCUCUCCUGGCACGCGUCGCCUACGAUCCUGCGACACUCAAGUCCGAGCUGGUGUCGUACCACCCUCCAGCAGACUCUCCCAGUGACCUCGUUCGCAUUGGUCUAUACACCGUGACUCCCUCCAACCCCAAGCAAUGGUCUGGCAGCUUGGUGUCCUUGUCCGCCUUGACCGGUGAUGAUCAACCCACAAUUCGCCUUCACCUUGGACCUUCCAACGAGCCCUACCACAUCUCUCUUGCCGCCUCUUCUUCCUCGGGCUCCAAGGUGGAGCUGGUCUCCAAUGCACCAGGCACACAACCACAUUUGAACCGCCCAGUCGUCGUGAGUCCUGAUGGGUCAAAUCCCGAGGAAGUACCGGAGAAAACCUUUUUGCAAAAGUACUGGUGGGUGCUCUUGAUUGUCACAUUUUUGACUAUGUCCGGUGGUGGCGGCGGGGAAGGACAAUAG